UUAUCAUACUUGUGUUUUGUGUGGAAUUUGUAAUAUGAUGGAAGCUUCAACUGAACAAGUUGAAAAAUGGAAGGGCAAGGCCAAAACAGAAGUACUAGGAUUCAAAGUAGAGCAAGUAUGGCCUCUCUUGGAAGAUUUCUUUGGCCUUGACAAGUGGUUCCCUACUCUCUCUACAUGCCUUGCCGUCGAAGGCAUCUCCGGCCGACCCGGCUGCGUGCGCUUCUGUGCCGGAUUCAAGACCCCUGUGGAUGAACAAGGCAAACAAACUAUAAAUUGGACUAAGCAGAAGCUUUUGUCCAUUGACCCAACAUUGCAUACAUUUAGCUACUCAAUCAUAGAUGGAAAUGUUGGAUUCUACUCCUACAUUUCGACCUUGAAGGUGACACCUAAGGAAGAUCAGGGGUGCGAGAUUGAGUGGCUAUAUGAAGUUGAACCUGUCCAAGGGUGGCGGCCGGAAGAUCUCGAUCUUUUUAUUGGUUCGGGUUUGCAGGUGAUGGCUCAGAGGAUUCAGGGAGCUUUAGAGACCAUGCAAGAAGCAGUUAAAACUUGAAGUAAUCAUGUGAGUGGCUACCAAGAAAUGCAAUAAAGCUACUACUACUUCUCUUCAGUUGAUGUAUCCUUUGUGUGUUCUAGUGUAUAACUUUGUUAUGAAUAAGUACUAGUAGUAAUUAGUUGAACAUGAAUGAUUUGAAAUUUAUGCUGUUUGUUUGAAAA